GGCGGAUCACGUGAGUCCCAAGUGCGAGUCACGGGAACGCUGCCGGGCGGCCGGCUGUUCUAGUUGAGUUUGGUCCUCAGUGGGCCAUGGCCAACGUCUCUAAGAAGGUAUCUUGGUCCGGCCGAGACCGCGAUGAUGAGGAGACAGCGCCGCUGCUUCGAAGGACGGGGCAGCCUGACGAGGAGACGCCGCUGCUGAACGGGGCCGGGCCGGCCGCGCGCCAGUCUCAUUCUGCACUUUUCCGCAUUGGACAGAUGAACAACGUGGAGCUGGACGAUGAGCUUCUGGACCCAGAAGUGGACCCUCCUCACACCUUCCCCAAGGAGAUUCCACACAACGAGAAGCUCCUCUCCCUCAAGUAUGAGAGCCUGGACUAUGACAACAGUGAAAACCAGCUCUUCCUGGAAGAGGAGAGACGAAUCAACCACACGGCUUUCCGGACAGUGGAGAUCAAGCGCUGGGUUAUCUGUGCCCUCAUUGGAAUCCUCACAGGCCUGGUAGCCUGCUUCAUUGACAUCGUAGUGGAGAACCUGGCAGGCCUCAAGUACAGAGUCAUCAAGGACAACAUCGACAAGUUCACAGAGAAGGGCGGCCUAUCCUUCUCCCUCCUGCUGUGGGCCACGCUGAACUCUGCCUUUGUGCUCGUGGGAUCCGUGAUUGUGGCCUUCAUAGAGCCAGUUGCUGCUGGCAGCGGAAUUCCCCAGAUCAAGUGCUUCCUCAAUGGGGUGAAGAUUCCCCACGUAGUGCGGCUCAAGACGCUGGUGAUCAAGGUGUCCGGUGUGAUUCUGUCUGUGGUAGGGGGACUGGCUGUGGGAAAGGAAGGGCCAAUGAUCCACUCGGGUUCAGUGAUCGCUGCUGGAAUUUCACAGGGAAGGUCGACAUCGCUCAAGCGAGAUUUCAAGAUCUUUGAGUACUUCCGCAGAGACACAGAGAAGCGGGACUUUGUCUCAGCUGGAGCUGCAGCUGGAGUGUCUGCUGCAUUUGGAGCCCCUGUGGGUGGGGUCCUGUUCAGCCUGGAGGAAGGCGCCUCUUUCUGGAAUCAGUUCCUGACAUGGAGAAUUUUCUUUGCUUCCAUGAUUUCCACGUUUACACUGAAUUUCGUUCUGAGCAUCUACCAUGGAAACAUGUGGGACUUGUCCAGCCCGGGCCUCAUCAAUUUUGGAAGAUUCGACUCAGAGAAAAUGGCCUACACCAUCCAUGAGAUUCCUGUCUUCAUCGCCAUGGGUGUGGUGGGUGGCAUUCUUGGAGCUGUGUUCAAUGCUUUGAAUUACUGGCUAACCAUGUUUCGAAUCAGGUACAUCCACCGGCCCUGCCUCCAAGUGAUUGAGGCCAUGCUGGUGGCUGCUGUUACAGCCACGGUUGCGUUCGUCUUGAUUUACUCAUCUCGAGAUUGCCAGCCCCUGCAGGGGAGCUCCAUGUCCUAUCCGCUCCAGCUCUUCUGUGCAGAUGGCGAGUACAACUCCAUGGCUGCAGCCUUCUUUAACACCCCUGAGAAGAGCGUUGUCAGCCUUUUCCAUGACCCACCAGGCUCCUACAAUCCCAUGACGCUAGGCCUAUUCACCCUGGUUUACUUCUUUCUGGCCUGCUGGACCUAUGGCCUCACGGUGUCUGCUGGUGUCUUCAUCCCAUCACUGCUCAUUGGGGCUGCCUGGGGCCGACUCUUUGGCAUCUCCCUGUCCUACCUCACAGGGGCAGCAAUCUGGGCAGACCCGGGUAAAUACGCCCUGAUGGGAGCUGCUGCUCAGCUUGGUGGCAUCGUGAGAAUGACUCUUAGCCUGACAGUCAUCAUGAUGGAGGCCACCAGCAACGUGACCUACGGCUUUCCCAUCAUGCUGGUGCUGAUGACUGCCAAGAUUGUGGGCGAUGUCUUUAUUGAGGGUCUCUAUGACAUGCACAUCCAGCUGCAAAGUGUGCCCUUCCUGCACUGGGAGGCCCCGGUCACCUCGCACUCGCUCACUGCCAGGGAAGUAAUGAGCACACCUGUGACCUGCCUGAGACGGAGAGAGAAGGUUGGUGUCAUCGUGGAUGUCCUAAGCGACACAGCAUCCAAUCACAAUGGGUUCCCCGUGGUGGAAGAUGUGGGAGACACCCAGCCAGCCAGGCUCCAAGGCUUGAUCCUGCGCUCCCAGCUCAUCGUGCUCCUGAAGCACAAGGUGUUUGUGGAGAGGUCCAACAUGGGUCUUGUGCAGCGGCGCCUGAGGCUGAAGGACUUCCGUGACGCCUACCCACGCUUCCCCCCAAUCCAGUCCAUCCACGUAUCCCAGGAUGAGCGGGAAUGCACCAUGGACCUUUCUGAAUUCAUGAACCCCUCUCCCUACACAGUGCCCCAGGAGGCGUCUCUUCCUCGAGUGUUCAAGUUGUUCAGGGCCCUGGGCCUGAGGCACUUGGUAGUAGUAGACAACCGCAAUCAGGUGGUCGGGCUGGUGACUAGGAAGGACCUGGCAAGAUACCGCCUAGGGAAGGGAGGCCUUGAAGAGCUUUCCCUGGCCCAGACGUGAGGGUUGGCUCUACCCUUGUGCAGUGGCACCUGAGCCCCUCUGCACCUCCUCCCAGGGUCCCUGGUCUCAGCCAAAGCCUUGCCCCCUGGGCAGUGCAACAGCAGGAGCAAAUGCCUUCCCUGGGCCUGGCUGGUGUGGAGGCCAGACCCUUUGUCUUGGGCAGUUGGUUUACAUCGUCAGCACUUUCCUUGUUCCCUGAACCCUUCACCCCUUGGAUUUGCCCCUCUCCUGGGUUCCAAGGAUGAAAUGUGCGAUCGCACCCCUUGUGGCUCACUUUUCAGAGCCAAUAGAAGCUGGUGCGUGCGUGCGUGCGUGUGUGUGUGUGUGCGCGCGCGCGUGUGUGCGAGAGAGAGAGAGAGAGAGAGAGAGAGAGAGAGAGAGAGAGAGGGGCAGGCAGACAGACAUGAGCUACUACCUAUUGCUGUUUCUUCUCUGGCUCUGAGCACCUAUGCUGUGGUUGUACUGCCCACACUAGCCAAGAGCUAAGAGCUUCAGCAGCAAGGGCAUGAGGAGCUGUACAGCCUGGAGCAGGCUCUAUUGGGGAACCCACAUGUGCCGUCUCAUGUCUUUGUCUAAAAGAUGGGGAGACUGGUUCUAUGCCUGGGGCUUGAGAGCUGAAAAUCCCAUGAAGAUUGAAUCUGAGUCCACCCACAUCUGCCCCAGGCUUUCAGAGCUGGGGGUCAUGACACUGGACCACAACCGGAAGGCAGGUCUUUCCUCAGCACUUAGGGCCCUGCUGUCCAUAGUGACUUGCUUAUAACUGUACUGUAUACACCCUGGGCAUUGACCUCCCAGGACCUGACCCUAAGAUGAGCCUCAGACUCCCUAGGAUGGUGGCUCUGUGAGCACCAGAGCCAUGGAGCCUCACCUCUAAACCCUGUAUUGUCAAAGCUAGCACCACUGAACCAAGCUAGAUCUGACAUGCAUCAGUCACCUUCAGAGUCUUCUCCCCAGGAUACUUUGUAAAGAUAAUUGCAGUGUCUCUGGCACAUGUCUGUCACAAGGCCACAUGGGUCCUUCUUUGGAAAGUUGGCAGCUGCUGCCUCUCAGUUGUCAUUCCUCCAAAGGAGUGGCUCUUUCUUCUCUGAGCAGAUGGACUAAGUAUGUUGUUGAGUUGAGAUAUGAGAAAUGAGAGAUUCCCGUCUGCCUAAGGCUCAGCAUUCUGGGGAGUUGGGCAUGCAGUAUGGUGAUAAACUAGUGCAGGUGGCACCUCUAUACACAGUAGCUGCUGUCUGUGAGGGGCGGUGGAUGCAGCUCUCGACGAGUACUGUGGCUAGCCUAGGAAGGGUUGUUCAGGGACUCUGACCUCAUCCCCUUCUCACAGCCUUUCUCUCAGGCUCACUACAGUGUGGUUUCUGUCACCUGCUUGGAUGACAUCCUGUCAUCAAGCCUGGGCUUGCCAGGCUCUGCAUAACAAGAAGUUGUAACUGACCCACCUUGCCUGCUCCACUGGCCCUGGUGGGUAGGUCUUCGUGACAAAGCCAGGGGCGCUCUGGAUUGGGAGGGGCCAUAUCUAAGUUUGACCCAAGGGGAUGAAAAGCACUGCACAGGGCCUCAAAGACUUGGUACCAAAAAAGCAUGUGCAAUCUGUCCACAGUUCUGUGUUGGCUACAUGUUGAAAUGAUAUUUUUGGAUAUAUUAGGUUAAAUAAAAUAAUCAAACCUUG